CUUCCAGCCAGACCCAGCAACGAUCCAGAAGAAGAGCGAUGCCAAAUGGAGGGAGGUCUCCCACACGUUCUCCAACUAUCCGCCCGGCGUCCGCUACAUCUGGUUUCAGCACGGCGGCGUGGACACUCACUACUGGGCCGGCUGGUACGGCCCGAGAGUCACCAACAGCAGCAUCACCAUCGGGCCCCCGCUGCCCUGAUGCCCCCGAACACCCAAUCAUCGAACCCCUGACUGGCCUGUGUGCACCUCACCCCACCCGAGCCAUGGCCCAUGUCAGCAUCAACGAGCUGCCUGAGAACAUCCUGCUGGAGAUUUUCACUCACGUGCCAGCCCGCCAGCUGCUGCUGUGCUGCCGCCCGGUCUGCAGCCUGUGGCGCGACCUUAUCGAUGUGGUGACCCUCUGGAAGAGCAAGUGCCUGCGGGAGGGCUUCAUCACUGCAGACUGGGACCAGCCUGUGGCUGACUGGAAGAUCUUCUAUUUCCUCCACAUCCUCCGCAGAAACCUCCUGCGCAACCCAUGUGCUGAAGAGGGUACGAGAUUCUGGCAGCUUGACAUGAAUGGGGGGGAUAAUUGGAACGUGGAGAGCAUCCCCGGAGCGCACGGGACAGAGUUUCAUGACUCCAGUGUCAAGAAGUACUUUGUCACAUCCUAUGAGAUGUGCCUCAAGUCCCAGAUGGUGAACCUCAAAGCUGAGGGCUACUGGGAGGAGCUGCUGGACACAUACCGGCCUGACAUCGUGGUUAAGGACUGGUUUGCUGCCAGAGCUGACUGUGGCUGCACCUACCAAAUCCGUAUACAGCUGACCUCGGCCGACUAUAUCGUCUUGGCCUCCUAUGAGCCCCCGCCUGUGACCAUCGAACAGUGGAGUGAUGCCAGAUGGAGAGAGGUCUCCCACACCUUCUCUGAUUACCCCCCGGGCGUCCGCCACAUCCACUUCCAGCACGGGGGCCACGACACCCAGUUCUGGGCGGGCUGGUACGGACCCCGGGUCACCAACAGCAGCAUCACCAUCAGCCCUAAGAUGACCAGGAACCCGGCCCCCUCCGAGCCUCAGCCCGAGACCACGCAGAGGGCAGAGGAUGUCCACAUGCCCUCUGUACCCCGCUACGUGUCCUUUGGACCCCACGUGGCCUUCUGAUCAUCCACCACCUGAUGGCCACCAGCCGUCCCUGCUCCAGGAACUCCUGUCUCCUCUCUGACCUCAGCACACGUGCCAUUUUGGGUAGCCUUCUGUCAUUUUUGUCAUAAUAAUAAAUGUUUUCAGUAAAACCAGCCUGUGGCGGCCCGGGUCCCUGGCACAGGUAGAGAAGCAGCCUCCCCGCAGGGAAGCAGGCUACCCCGUUCCUCCGCUCCAGUAAGUGACAGCCUGGCUCAGCCCUUGGGGCCCCUUUAUUGAAACAAUUCACAGCACAGUAUUUGAGACAGACAGUGUUGGCCGGCUGAACCCCAGGAGGCUGAGAAAUUGGGGUCCCAACACCCUUCACUGCCCUCCUGGGGAGAAUUCCUCCAUGGAGGUGACCACGCCUACGCAUCCCCAGCUGGAGGGCGGGUGGUCCACACACAGAGGCAAUAAGAGCACUUGGAAUCAGGGUGGCCCUGCAGUGCGGCCCUAGGUCGGCGCCCCCCCAAAGUCCGAUGGGUGUAGCAUCAGCAGGGGGACAGGCACACCCUCAGCUGCUUUUAUGAGCUCUCUCUUCCACGUACAGCUGCAUCUAGGGGACAGGGACAAACAGCACGGUGAGGCGGGCAGCCAGGGCACGGACUCGAGAGGUCCCGUGAGCCCCGGCAGGCAGUGCCCCAUCAAGAGUGGGGUUGUGUGGCCACAGCCAGGGAGGAAAGGGAAGGAUAGAGAUGGGAGGAGCCCAUUUACACAGGCCUUCCCAGUCGACUCCCCUAAGCCUUGAUCGACCAGCCUUUGGCAGGGCCUCAACAUACCCUAAAUAAAGGUUUGCGGGUCCCCAUGCAGCUCACCUUUAAAAUGUCUGACGUCAUAGUUUUUAGGGGUAUGAGUCGGGGGUCAUGCAUGUGGACAUCCUGCUCAUCUGCCAGGAUCCAGGGGAAGUCCUGGGGAGGGGGCAGAAGUGAGGGGCUCGCAGGAGGCUGC